GGGGGCCUAAUGUUAACACUUAACAGCUUACAUCGAAAGCGUAAUCUCAAUCUUCGAAGUGCUAGAUUUUCUCUCUCCUUGCCUCUUUGACACACAUUCUCACUCCACGCCCUACCGGGUACCAGCUUGUCUAGCUCGCCAAACACCUGAACAGUUGAGCUAGCUUUCCUGCCGCCAAACAAUGCCUAGCCUCCACCACUACGCCACAGUGACAGUGCUGCUCGCCAUCACCACCCGCCUCCUGCUGCUCACCGCGGCGUCGACGGCAAUGCCGGACCCGGCGUCGCUCGGGCCGUCGCUGCUCUUCCCGUCGGCAGGCGCCUCGCCUGCGCAGCCCGCCGCCGUGGCGUCCACCAUCCCGGCAUUCCCGGAGCAGUCCGAGGCCGCCGCCACCUCCGUCUGCCAGCUUUCCCCCUCGCCUCCGCUCCUCCCCGCCAUCCUCGCAUCUUGCAACGCCGGCGGGGGCGCGCUCCCGCCGCGGCUGCAAUGCUGCCCAGCGCUCGCCGCUUGGCUGUACGCGGCGUACGCGCCCACGGUGCUCUCGGGCCGCGGCGUCGGAGGCGCGGGUCAUUCGGUGGCCUCGGCGGCGGAGGCCGCCGCCGUGGUUGACCUGCCGGUGCUCCCGGACGACGCGGAGGAGUGCGCGGGGGCGGCGGACCGCGCGCUACGUGCGGCGGGGGCGUCGCUUCCGCAGCCUCAAGGCAACAGUGGCACCAGCGCGAGCAACGGGACGGCGGCGUGUGACGUGGCGUUCUGCUACUGCGGGGUGAGGCUGCGGCAGCCGGCGUGCGCGGAGCCCGCGGGCAGGGCGGCUAGGAGGCUGGAGAGGGACUGCGCGCAGCCGGGGCUCGCCGGCUGCUCCAGGUGCCUCCGGGCGCUCAACAAGCUGGGCGCCAACGCCGGCGGGAAGAACAACGCCACGUCGCCGGCGAAGGCGAAGCAGCAGGGGCGUGACUGCCAGCUCAUGGGGCUCACGUGGCUGCUGCAGCGGAACGCCACGCGGAACCGCGCCGCGGCCACGGCGGUGAUCCAGGCACUGAUGGCGGCCGACGAGGCCGGCGCAGGCCACCCCGCCACCUGCUCGCUCCCCGUCGACGAACUUCCUGUUGCCGUCCGCUCGACGCAGAUCAAUGGCGCCGCCUCCUACCCCGCCGUUGGCUGGCUCCUUCUCGUCCUGCUUGGCGCUUCAGUUGGCUUCUUGUCGCAAUGCUUCUGAUGACGCGAAAUUAAUGUGUCGCAUGGUCUCUUUGUUAUUUAGAUAUUUGCGCUGUUGGUGUUAGUUCAGCAAAGAUUGAGAAUUAAAGAUGUUGCUUUGAUGGUAGAGUGGUGGACUUUAUUGUUGUAAUUAUGUGUUUCAUCCUUCAUCUAAU